UCUUCUAUACCUGUUGCUUUCAGUUUCAUCAUCUGGAAGUAUCGAUACAUGUGUUGACAAAUUGAAUUCCGUUCAUUUUGAUUUCAGACAGUUCGUGAAGUGUAUACUGACUAGAUAGAGCAAGGAGCAUUUAAUCAUUCAUGGCAGAGAUACAAGAAAAGAAGAAGCGAUGCCAGCCUGCCUGGAGUGCUCCUGUUCCCAGCAAAGAGCCUGCCAAGUUGAGGAUAUACAACAGUCUCACCAGACAGAAGGAACUGUUUGUGCCCCAGAGUGGCCAGCGUGUGCUGUGGUACUGCUGUGGGCCCACUGUGUAUGACUCCUCCCACAUGGGCCAUGCACGCUCCUAUAUCUCCUUUGACAUCCUCAGACGUGUCCUUGAACAGUACUUCAAGUACAAUGUUGUCUACGUCUUGAAUGUCACCGAUAUUGAUGAUAAAAUCAUAAAGCGGGCACGUCAGAAUCAUCUUUGGGAGGCUUAUCUGGCAGAAAGCAAGUCGUGGAACCAAGUUUUGGCUGAUACAAUGGAAGCAAUGAAACCGUUUGGGAUUAAAAUCGCCUCAGAAACAGACGCAGAUAAGCUUGCCAUGUACCAGCGAAUGAAGACUAAAAUUGAUAAUGCAGUUCAACAUCUUGAAUCAAUGAAGAGCCAAUCAAAUGAAGCCAUCGCACAAGCUCAGCAGGGCUUGCUGCUGGCUUCCAAAGAUGUGCUGUCUGACUGGCUAGAUGCCCAUAAAGGCUCCACUGUUACAGAUAAGUCCAUUUUUGCGCGUCUGUCCUCUCAGUUUGAAGAGGAGUACCACACUGACAUGGAGAGUCUAAAUGUUUUACCUGCAGAUGUGCUGACAAGGGUGAGCGAAUACGUGCCUGAAAUCAUAGAGUUUAUACAGCAGAUAAUAACUCGUGGAUAUGCAUAUGAAUCCAAUGGUUCAGUUUACUUUGAUGUUGGAGCCUUCAGUGCCCAGCCUACCCACCACUAUGCCAAACUGGUGCCAGAAGCGUUUGGGGAUAUGAAGGCUUUGAAAGAAGGCGAAGGGGAGCUGAGUGUGUCUGAAGAUCGCGUCAUAGAGAAGAAGAGCCCCAAUGACUUUGCCCUCUGGAAGUGUGGCAAGCCUGGGGAGCCACAGUGGGACUCUCCCUGGGGCAAGGGCCGGCCUGGCUGGCAUAUCGAGUGCUCGGUGAUGGCAAGUGCAAUCCUUGGGGAGUCUAUGGACAUACACACUGGAGGGGUUGAUCUCAAGUUUCCUCAUCAUGACAAUGAACUUGCACAGGCUGAAGCCUACUUUGAGAAUGACCACUGGGUGCGUUAUUUUAUCCACUCUGGCCACCUGACCAUAGAUGGGUGCAAGAUGUCCAAGUCCUUGAAAAACUUCAUCACUAUUCGGGACGCCCUGGGGCAGCACACGGCACGCCAGCUACGCCUGCUCUUCCUCCUGCACUCGUGGAAGGACACCCUGGACUACGGGGCUGACACCAUGACUGGCGCCAUCAAAUAUGAGAAACUGAUAACAGAGUUUUUUCACAUGGUGAAGGACGUACAGAGGACUGUUCCCAGCAAAGGAGUGGCUGCAUUUGACAAAUGGCAAGCUGAGGAGCUGGUACUGAAUUCCAAGUUUAUUGAAUUACAGGAACAGGUUCAUGAGGCAUUAUGUGAUUCCGUUGACAGCAAGAGAACAUGUGAUUUAAUAAAGGAGCUGGUUAAAGCAUGCAACAUCUAUCUGUCUGAAGUGCGCACCACUCGACGGCCAAACAGGAUCCUCUUGGAGAAAAUUGCAGCUUAUAUACUGGGAAUGUUCAAGAUGUUUGGUGCAGUUGACAGCACUGCUGACUGGCUUUCUGGGGCAGGAGUGGCCAGUAAAAACGGUGUUCUGAGUGAGGAGUUGAUUAUGCCGUACCUAUCAGUGUUGGCAAACUUCAGAGAAGAUGUGCGAAAGGUGGCUAGAGAUGAAAAAGUGACUGCGGUGCUGCAGGUGUGUGACAGGCUGCAUGCUGGUGUUUUCAGUGAAUGCUUGCUGUUGUUUUCAGUGACUGCGGUGCUGCAGGUGUGUGAUAGGCUGCGUGAUGAUGUGCUGCCAGAGCUCGGGGUCCGGCUGGAGGACAAAGAGGGGAUGCCACCAACCAUGAAGCUGGAAAACCGAGAAACUCUGCUUAGAGAGAGGAUGCAGAAGUUGCAGAUUGAAGAGGCACGGCGGUUGGAAAAAGAAAAGAAGAAGCAAAAAGCAGAGGCUGAGAAGGCGGCAAAGGAAGCCCAGAAGCGUAUACCUCCCAGUGAAAUGUUUCGAGCUGAAACAGACAAAUAUUCACAGUUUGAUGACAAGGGCAUGCCAACUCAUGAUGUGGAAGGCAAGGAACUCUCCAAGUCUGCACUCAAGAAGAUUGCAAAACUUUACGAGCAGCAACAGAAAAAAUAUGAAGAAUUCCUAAAUUCUCAGACAAAGUAGAUGUGUAUUAAUAGCGAUGUCUCAGCACUUGCCUUGUAUGUUUCAUGUUUGUGAACUUGUAUCAUGUGUCUUAAUUUAUUUUGCAGAAACUUUUAGUAAUAUUCAUAAUAACGGAGUCAAGUGAUGAUGUGGUCAAACAUGUAUUAAGUUCAGCAAGCAGGCAAGAUCUGUUGAUGUGGACCUUGUAAUUUCACCUUGUAACUUGACAGUUCUUUUGGAAAGGAACUUGUUCACAUUCAUGUAGUGAAUUAGUUGAAAUAUGAUGUUGUACUACUUAGAUUUGAAACAUGAUCCAUUUUAGUUCUAUGUAUAUUGUGUUCUUAAUUUAUUCAAAAUAUGUGUAUCACAUACAGGAGAUAAAAUGGCAAAGAUUUGUUAAUUUUUUUGAAUAGCCUUUCUGGAUUUUGUUCAUUUAUAAGGAUUUUCAAUUUUCUUUAAACACAUGAAGGGAUUUAGUAGUGUUUCAUUAAAUCAGGCCUUCUUAUGUCACAUAUAAAAAAGUAAUCCCUUUUCUAUUUCACUAGUGUUCAGAUUGGUCUGGGUUUAUUGCAAUAAAUUAUUAUUUACACUU